AGAAGACUGUUUUAAUUUUCUGUCUUUAAAAGCCGAUUGUGAGAUGUUGUAGGUGAAAUUAAGCAUCAACGACAUACUGAGCCGUCCAUCAAUCCAUUUUCUAACUCCAUAGUGGGGUCGGGAGGGUUGCUGGUGCCCAUCUCCAGCUAACGUUUCGGGUGAGAGGCAGGGGAAAACCCUGGACAGGCCGCCAGUCUGUGGCAGACACUGAGUAAUCAGGUCCUUAAAAGAACACAUCUCCCUCCUGGACAGUAAAGUUUCAGGCAGACUGACUUCUUCAGAGGAAGAUUUAUCAUUACGUCUCAGGCUCUUUAACAAACUCGGUGUGGAAUGGAGUUUCCAGAUGAUUUCAACCAGCUUGAGCUGCUCGACACCCACGGACACCUGAUCCCCAGAGGGCCCACGAGUUCCUGGACCGCGAGCAAGGACGAAGAGGAGGAGGUGGACGAGGAGACGCACAGCGAGGAGUGGUAUCAGGAAAAGGAGGACGCACUCAAAGAAAACCCAAAGGAGCUCAUUCUCUGGGCAGCAGAGAACAACCGCCUCACCACCGUCCUCCGUUUGUUGGCUGCUGAUCCUCUGCUGGUUCACUGCUGCGAUGAGGACGGCUACACCCCGCUGCACCGUGCGGCGUACAGCGGCCAUAUUGAAGUCGUGAAGGCUCUCCUGGCCGCCGGCUCCGUGGUAAAUCACCGUACGGUCGACGGCUGGACGCCCCUGCACAGCGCCUGCCGAUGGAGCCACGUCGCCGUGGCGAGUUGUCUCCUGCAACACGGCGCCCAGCUGAACGCCCAGACCAACGGUGGCCUCACACCGCUGCACCUGGCCGCCUCCCACUCCAACUCCUCCAAACCGAACAUGGCACACAUUUUAGAGUUCCUUCUCUCCAAAAGGAAUCUGAAACCGGCGCUCCGCAGCAGCAGCGGGGAGACGGCUGGCGAUGUAGCCCGACGUAGUGGCCCGUAUUACUUUUUGUUUGAGAUGGUAGAGGACUGCGUUAACGCGGUCCCAGCUGGUACAGCAUCUUAAUCUGACUUGUUUUUAUGGAUUAUUCUAACUAGCUUUUAUGUUUCUUUGAGAUAAAGAAUCGCCGCAGCAUGAUGCGUUACCUGGGGAUGGUAUGUUUAGGGUGAGAUUCAGUGUUUUCUGCCUCAGCUGAAACUCUUCAUGUGGCACAAAAGUGAAAUUUUGUCACACUUUCAACACUUUUACUGAAUGUCUACAGGACUAAACUUUAGAUUUCUUUGUUUUACCGAUGGAGUUUUCUUUUUCCACUCUUUCUAUAAAGAGCAGGUUGGUGGAGAGCACAGCAGAGCUGUAUCCUUGCCAUCUAUAGUAAGCACUACUUUUGUUAGUGUCAUGUAAAAUCUAAGAAAAUUCAUUUUGUUUCGAAUACAAACUGUGAAAUGAAUAAGGGGCACGAACCCUUCUGUAAGGCACUGUAAGAUAUGUGAUUCAGUCAAAGUUGGGUCAAUCUGUGAAUGACCCAACAACUUUGUUGUUGCAGCUGCAUGAAGGGUUAAAUGUGGUUAAAUGAAGCUACAAAUAAAGAAUUGAAAUUGAA